AUGCCUGACAGAGACACAAACAGAAUGAGCAAAUGUCGUCUACUUUGCAUUCAGCCAGAAGGAGCAGAUGAUGUGAAAAAACAACAACUAAUGGAAUUGGCCAUCAUAAACGGUACCUAUCGCGAUCCUCAACAUCACCAUUCUCGACAUCCGACUAUUAGUACCACCGCCACCUCCUCUCAACACAGUUCACCUUCGCCCCUCUCUCCCAGUUUUAUUUUCGACGACUUUGAGAACAAGGAACGUCAACAGGCUCAAGUACAACAGAUGACCCAACAACAGCAACACCAUUUCCUGUUACAACAGCAAUACCUCUCCAUGCUCAGUAGUCAAUCAGCAAUCGCGGCAGCCGCGGCCCUGGCCCACAAUCCCGCAGCUCAGCUACUGGCUCCUGCGGGGCUUCGGUUUGGUGCUCCUACGGCUUCCACUCAUCCAUCUACUGCUGCAGCAGCGGCGGCUGCAGCAGCUAAUCCGUUGUUUUUAGGAACCAAUCCCACACCAACACCUGCCACGGCAUCAACACCAUCUGCUGCUGUUGCAGCAAUGAAUUUAGCAGCUGUGGUGAUGGGAGGGGUACCUGCAAUCUCCCCCGUCACCUCCACUGCCACUGCUACGGCACCGAUUGGCGGAGCGAUAUCGUCUGACCAACUAGCCGCUUUGUUGGGAGUAGCCAAUGGAGCGGUUUCACCAAACAGCGCUGCUAGUUCUGAGGCCUCCGGUCAAUCGAUGGCCGCCAUAGCUGCUGGAUUCCCUGGCACCUUUCCAUCCCUCCUUCCGUGCACCUCUGCAAAUCCUUCCAAUCCUACAACUGGAACCAUUAUCGGUAGCUACUCCAAUGCUGGUGAUCUUGAAAAUAACUCAGCACUACAGUCCCUGCCGUACGCAUGCACCCUUAUCUGCGACAGUAAUUUGACCAGUUCAAGUUUUAUCUCUCAGGAUUGGAGCAUACUUAUAUUCUGUUUGCUACACUGCGUACACGCAAACGAUAGUGAUGAAAUGACUCGAGAUCAUCAGCGCCCUCUACACGAAACAGUGGUUGUGGUAAUCUAUGUACUCCUUGCUCUUCCUUCCUUGCCUUGUACUCGUUACAUUUAA